AUGUUGCGUCUCGGCCCCUCCGUGUUGCUCAGUGCCUCAAUCGCGUCGAAGGACGACGAGAAGGCGUUGGGGUCCAUUCGUCUCGACAGAAAAUUUCUUUAUUUUUCGAGGCGAAAGUGGCCCCACAAACUCAUGAAAAAAAAAAAAGAAAGAAGGAGGAGUAAAAACAAUUAUUACAUACACAUUUUUUUAAAGCGUUGCCUUUUCACCAAUGCAGUUGCCCUCCACAAUCGCCGAGGCGGCGGGCACGGGCUCCCCCAGACGGCCACGCCCACUUGUCAAGGAAGGCAAAUGGUAACAAUAAUG